CACAUAACAUACCCAUUGGCUGCAGUGCUAGUAACAGAGAGCUAGAUCAUCAGGCGCUGCUCAUUGCCACCGUCCACUAGUCACAUCCGAUCCGAUGCCUGUCCGGCUCCAUGUCUUGGCCAGCACCGCGAGGCACGCCGCCAGCUCGUCAGCGCUCGUCUUCCGGCUCGUCGCCUUCCGCCUCACCCCGCUUCUGCUCCACCUGUCCUACUUCCUCGCCAUCGACCUGCUCGGCUUCCUCGCCCUGGUGCUGCUCAGGCGAAGCAGCCCCGCCGCGGGGGCGUACCGUCCGCGCUACGUCGACGUGCUCUUCAUGUCCACGUCCGCGGUCACGGUCACCGGGCUGGCCACCGUCGAGAUGGAGGACCUGUCCGCCUCCCAGCUCGUCGUCCUCACCCUCCUCAUGCUCCUGGGCAGCGAGGUGUUCGUCUCCGUGCUCGGCCUCGUCCUCGAGUCGUCGCGCCAGCAGCGACAGCAGCGCGGUCAGUCUCGUCGUCAGGAUCACGCCGGCAGGGUAAUAAGGCCGUCGUCGGUCACGGCCGCCGUCCGCGACGAGCCGGACCUCGAAGAGGCGGGUAAUAAUAUUAAUAGCCAGGCGCCUCCGUCGUCGUCUGAGGACUCGUCCGGCGACGGUGACAACCACAAAGAGAGAUGCCGCGCCGUCAGAAGCCUAGCGCUCGUGCUCUCGGCCUACAUGGCCGCGGUCCUCGUCGCCGGCUCCGUGCUGGUCUUCGCGUACGUGGCCACCGUCCCGGCCGCGCGCGACGUGCUGGCGAGGAAGCGCCUCGGCGCCGCGCUCUUCUCGGUGUCCGCCACCGUGUCGUCCUUCACCAACGGCGGCCUGCUCCCGACGAACGAGAGCAUGGCGGUGUUCGCCGCGAACCGGGGCCUGCUGCUGUUGCUCGCGGGGCAGAUCCUGGCAGGCUGCACGCUGCUGCCGGUGUUCCUCAGGCUGGCGGUAGGCGCCACGAGAUGGGUGGCGAGAGCGGUGUCCGCGGGGCGAGGAGGGCACGACGAGGAGCUCGAGCCCGUGAGCGUGGACCGGAGCGCCGCCGCCGCGGGCUUCGGCCACCUGCUGCCGUCCGUCCCGCGGGCGGCGUCCCUCGCCGCCACGGUGGUCGCCGUCGCGGCCGCCGCCGCGGCGCUCCUCUGCUGCAUGAACUGGAACUCCGCGGUGUUCGCGGGGCUCACGCCCGGCGAGAAGGUCACCAACGCCGUGUUCAUGGCCGUCAACGUGCGGCAGGCCGGGGAGAACUCCGUCGACUGCUCCCUCGUCGCGCCGGCCGUGCUGGUGCUGUUCCUCGCCAUGAUGUGCAUCCCGGCGUCAGCGACAUUGCUGUCCGUGCACGACAGCGGCAGCGACAGGAAGAGGAGCGGCGCUGGAGAAGCAGAACGCAAGGAUGGGACGGAGAAGAAGAGAAGACUGUCGCUGAACAGCAUGCUGCUGUCGCCGCUGGCCUGCAACGCCGCAGCGGUGAUGCUCGCCUGCGUCACCGAGAGGCGAUCGAUCGCCGGCGACCCGCUCAACUUCUCCACGUUCAACGUGAUCUUCGAGGUGGUCAGUGCUUAUGGCAACGUGGGGCUGUCCACUGGCUACGCCUGCUCGAGGCUGCUGCCCGCGGCGGCGGAGGCGACCACCGCUUGCCAUGACAAGCCGUACAGCUUCUCUGGGUGGUGGAGCGACCAGGGGAAGCUGCUCCUGGUUCUCCUCAUGCUCUACGGGAGGCUCAAAUGCUUUCACGGACAGCGACGCAGGGGGUGAACUUGAUUUGGCGAUGACCGAUGAUGAUGGCCAAUGCCGUGAUAGUCCCGGUAUCAAACUUGAAAUCCUUGGAGAUUCUAUGGACGAUAGUAUAUAAGAUUGGAAAUCCAAAGUGAAAUGCGAUCGGAAGAAGGAUACACACUACAUAGUGAAAUAUGAUUUUAGAAUAGAGAGUAGUGUAGGUUUUUCUAGAGCUCAUAGAUACGGUGAUACAGGAUGAUAUCCGGUACACGUGAAGUGCUGAUGCACAUGCGCACAUACCAUGUGUUUGGUUGGGUGCAUGCGCUCAUGCAAAACUCUACAAAUGCAAAAAUCAGACAACUCCAUGUAUUUGGUUGCU